AUGAAGAACUUCAUCGCCGCCAGUGCUUUCCUGGCUGCAUCCAUCUCUGGAGCUGCCGCCGAUCUCUGCAGCAAGGGUUCCGUCGACGACAAUGGCAACUGGUAUUGCCAAGCUGUCGAUGCCAUCACCUACACUGGAAUGAUGGGCAAGGGCAACUACAACAAGAUCACCAAGAUGGACAGCAACUCUGGCUCUUGCUCUUCCACUCCCUAUGGCUACUCUGGAGAGAUGUCUCCUCUUGACGAGGAAGUCUCUCUUCAUUUCCGUGGACCUCUCAAGAUCAAGCAAUUCGCUUUCUUCUCGCCCAGCACCGACUCCUCCGACUCUUCCAAGAAGGCCAAGCGCAGUGCCAUGCACCGUCACAACCACGCCCACAACCACGUCCACAAGCACAAGCGUGACGAGGACGUCGAGAAGCGUGCUGUCGGUGAUGUGGUAGUUGCCACUAUCAACGGAAAUGUAGUUUCGUGGAUCAACGAAUGGUCUGGUGUCGCUUCUACUGCUGCUGCUCCUGCUCCUGCAGCCACCACCUCUGCUGCUCCUGCUCCUGCUGCUUCAAGCACCGAGCCUGCCUCGGCUGGUUUCGUGAACAAGCUUCUCAAGGUCAACGUUCCUGUCGCAUACAGCUCCAGUGCUUCCAGCUCCAGCUCUGCCGUCGUCGCAAAGGCCAGCUCAAGCUCCUCGUCCGCUUCAUCUUCUGCUUCUUCUUCUAGCAGCUCUGGAUCCUGGGGUCGCAAGGCUUACUACAACUCUGAGGCUGGCUCUGCAGACAACGUUGUUUUCCUUAACCACAACGGUGGCCAAGGCUCUGGUGUCUUCGACUACACUUUCGGCAACUCGCUCUCUUACUCCAACAGCAAGGGUGAUGCUGGUGCUUCCUCCCCUCAGGUCCUCGCCGAUACCCAGCUUGCCUCCAACCACGAGGUCAUCAUCAUGUCCGACAAAGAGUGCGAUGGUGACUGCGGCUACUACCGUGAUGGCAACGUUGCUUACCAUGGCUUCGCUGGCGCUCAGAAGGCUUUCUUCUUCGAGUUCGAGAUGCCUCUUGACGGCAACACUGAUGCUGCCACCAACGGUGACAUGCCCGCCAUCUGGAUGCUCAACGCUCAGAUCCCUCGCACCCUCCAGUACGGCAAGGCUGAGUGCUCUUGCUGGACCACCGGCUGUGGUGAGUUUGAUAUCUUCGAGGUCCUUGCUCCUGGUGAUCUCCGCUGCAAGUCUACUCUUCACAGCAACAUCAAGGGUGGCAACUCGGACUACUUCAAGCGUCCCACAUCUGGCAGCAUGAAGGCCAUGGUCAUCCUCAACGGCGAGAACAUGCACAUCAAGGUCCUCGAUAGCGACUACCAGCUCCCCACCAGCCUCGACGCCUCGUGGAUCUCUGGCCAAUGCGACUCUGGUCUCAUCCAGAACACGUUGAACUCGCUCUUCGCCUUGGUCGCAUAA